AUGAAAAAGUGCUUGAUCAAAUGAUUACAACGGUUCCUGAGACGCUUCAUCACACAGCAGUACAGAACCAGACAUCCACUCAGCAAGAACCGAGAGCCUGUGGAGUUUCGCGGAUCAGUAGCGUCGUAUCAAUUCGAAAUGGAGAUUCUAUAACGUUUAAUUUCAUCGAGGGCGCUGAGAAUGAAGAUUUUAUUGUUCCUGGAAUAUCAUUGGGGAAAUAACCCGUGUGGUUUUCGUGACAUGUGGAUUUACCCUUUUUUUCAGUUUUUAUGGAUCUUGGUGAGAAAUGUAAAAAUAUAGACAACCAGCACGAGACAACUGCCACAGCUUUGGGAGUAUUCUUUAUCAUCAUCAUCUCAGUGGGACUGUGUUAUUAUUAUUAUUUUAAAUAAACCUUUUGUUAAUAACCAUACAGAGCCCAAAGCAGAGGUCUUCCUGGGACUGAUACAACACGAUUCUAAAUUACAUUUUCCAUCGACUUGAUCAGACAUCAGUGUAGAAACGUCUUGUCAGAAUGCUGUUGAAGCUGAAGUUGAUGAGCUCAGGGCGCAGCGGAGUCACGGACUCACGACACGGAGCGGUCACCAUUACCCUCUGUGCCUUCUUUAUGCAAGUGUUUGUGGAAGCUAGCUCAUGGUGGUCUCUAGCGAUGAAUCCCCUUCUGAUACCAGAAGUGUAUAUCAUAGGAGGACAGCCGUUGUGCAGUCAACUAGCAGGACUGUCCAAAGGUCAGAAGAAGCUUUGCCAGCUGUAUCAAGAUCACAUGCAGUUCAUUGGAGAGGGCGCCAAGACAGGCAUCCAGGAAUGCCAAUACCAGUUUCGCAACCGCCGCUGGAACUGCAGCACAGUGGACAACUCCUCCGUGUUUGGCAGAGUCAUGCAGAUAGGCAGCAGAGAGACAGCGUUCACGUACGCUAUCAGCUCCGCUGGAGUGGUCAACGCAGUGAGCCGUGCCUGCAGAGAGGGGGAGCUGUCGAGCUGUGGCUGCAGCAGGGCAGCGAGGCCUAAAGAUCUGCCACGAGACUGGCUGUGGGGCGGCUGUGGUGACAACCUCAAUUACGGCUACCGCUUCAGCAAGGAGUUUGUGGAUGCACGCGAACGGGAAAAAACCUUCACCAAAGGUUCUGUGGAGAGUGCGAGACUGCUGAUGAACCUUCAUAACAAUGAGGCGGGACGGAGGAUAAUAUCGGAUCUUGCCAAUGUUUCCUGUAAGUGUCAUGGCGUGUCCGGCUCCUGCAGCCUAAAAACAUGCUGGUUGCAACUGGCUGAUUUCCGCAAGGUGGGUGACGUACUGAAGGAGAAAUACGACAGCGCCGCUGCCAUGAGGCUGAACAGCCGUGGGAAGCUCGUUCAAGUUCACUCCAAAUUUAACUCUCCUACCAGCAAUGACCUGGUGUACAUCGACCCCAGUCCAGAUUACUGCGUAGGGAACAAAACUACCGGCUCUUUAGGAACUCAGGGCCGCCUCUGUAACAAGACGCCUGAAGGCAUGGAUGGCUGCCUCAUGUGUUGCGGCCGAGGUUACGAUCAGUACAAGACACAGCUGGUUGAGCGUUGCCACUGCAAGUUUCACUGGUGCUGCUACGUCAAAUGCAAGAGCUGUUCACGAACAGUUGACCAGUUUGUGUGCAAGUAGCAGCACGAGGCAAGCGUUGGGAGCAUGUGAAAGAAUACGAGAAGGAAAAACUAAAUAAAUUAUAUCAUUAUGAGACUGAUUAUGAGUCCUUCAGUCUGUACACUGUGCAUUCAAAUGAGAAACCAUGCUGCAAAAAAAGUUUUCCUGUAAAAUAUCUCCAAAAAAAGAUCAUUGUGUUUGAGAAUAAGGCUUGUGUUGAGAAACUGUUUAAAAUUGUCAGCGGUUUCUAUUAUUGCUAAAUUUAUGCUUUAAUUGCUAAUAGAUCUUACAAAAUGUUCUUGAUUUAGAAAGAACAAGAUAAAAAAUAAAUGCGGUUGAAUUCAAUUAGAUCAGGUUCUAAACAAAUGCAUCGGUGGGGCAUCUUCAGAACAUAACUGAGUUAACUGCAUAACAAAACGUCUAUUUACUGUGUAGUUAUCACUGUUUUGUUUAGUCUGAUAUCAUUUCCCACUUAGUGGAUUUUCAUUUAAAAUUGAACAGAUUUUAUACAACAGGUUGUGUACAGUAAACAAUAUAAUUUCUGUACAAUACCUUCACAUUUUUGUGCA